GUUUAGGAUUGUUUGCACUGUCAGAGUCCACGGAAGAAUUAUGUUUGCUGUUUAGUUUAAAAGUAACAUAAUAUUAAGUAUAUUUUUUAUAAACGAACAUUCACGGAAAAUAGCACGCACUAUCAUUUUUUUUAUCAUAAUACUUUAGUAAAGUAGCUCGCAACAUCCGGUUCACGACGACUUUAAGCCAAGCUCCCAGACAAUUAAUUUAUUUGAGGUACAAAAAUAGCUCGGUGACAGUUGUUUCCACACAGUCACAUGGGGUGUAUUUUAAAAGGUGAACCAAAGACGAGGGACAUUUGUUACACCGAUACUGUGUUUCGAUAUAUCUCUCUGCUUAUUAAAAUUAGGCGACUAUAAUCAUGAGCAAUUCUCUGAUGCACUUGCUUUUAUUACCAACACGGCUAAGUUUAUGGAUUCUCUCUUUGGUAUAUUACAUUCUUGUGUAUGGAACAGCUUGGAUCACUGCUUGUUUGGUUUUGAUCCGAAUUGCCUGGACUGGAUUUAGGGAUCCAUACAGAACUUUUCAAUGGACCAUCCGAAAGAAACCCCCAGACUGCCUCCAAGACCCUGCACUUGGCCACCAUGCAUAUCUGAAGGGCAGGAGCUCAGGCUUGAGGUUCCAUUAUGUAACUAAAGGAGACCACAGAAAGCCCCUAAUGCUGUUUCUUCAUGGAUUCCCAGAGAACUGGUACUCUUGGCGUUACCAAUUACAUGAAUUCAGUCGUCAUUACCACACGGUGGCGCUAGAUCUGCGUGGCUGUGGAGAUUCAGAUGCACCCGUCCAGCUGGAGGAAUACUCACUGCAGACACUCUUAUAUGACAUCAGAGACACCAUCGAUGAAUUGGGUCACACGAGUUGUAUAUUGGUGGGCCAUGACUGGGGUGGGAUGCUGGCAUGGCAUUUUGCACUGGAGCGGCCAGACAUGGUGCAACUUCUCAUCGUCAUGAAUGCCCCUCAUCCUGCCUCAUGGCUGGAUGCCGUUUUGAGAAGACCCUCUCAGCUGUUGCGCUCAGGACAUGCAUGUUUCUUUCAGUUACCACUGCUGCCCGAAAUAGUUUUGUCUCUUGAAGAUUUCAAGCUGGUUCGAAGUCUAUUUUGUGGCAAGAAUCUGGGCAUCAAGAACAAAGACAGAAGACUGACUGAGUCCCAGCUGGAGGGUUACCUGUACCGGCUGUCCCAGCCCGGAGGACUCACAGCCCCUCUGAACUACUUUCGCUCUCUCCUCAGUAACACUCUGUACAAGCAUCAGGAUGUUGGUGUGCCCUGCAUGUUAAUUUGGGGUGAGGCAGACAAUAUACUAGUGGAGGGCAUGUCCGGUGGGACAAGGCCUUAUGUAAGAGGUCCAGUCGUCAUUCACACUAUUCCCGAAUGCAGCCACUGGGUUCAGCAGGAUCAACCUGAGAUAGUCAACAAACUCAUAUGGGACUUUGUUCUGGAUGAAGACAUCAUAAAACACAAUCAUUGAUUGCCUCUGGUUCAUUUGGCGUAAUGAAGAUUUUUUUUUAGAUACUGGCUCCAGCAAGGUUUUGGAUUUUCACUGAAAAAAUAACUACUUGCCUUUAGUCUGAUUUGUCUUAUGUUAAUUAAAAACAAGCAAAAAUAAAACCUGAUUGGAUUAAGAUCUGUUCAGUACACUGUCUCACAAAGGUGAGGGAGAACAUUUAUGUUGUACAAUUUGUUAUCUCAGUAAAUAUUUGAAACUAUGCAAAGUUUUGUUCUAAAGGUUUAUAAGUUCAGCUUUUACAUAUUUGUUCCUUGAUAAUGCUUUUAUGAGAUCUUCAGUUCAUAACACUUUGACAAAUAACAUAUCAUAUUAAUUACCAACAUUAUUAUCAAAAAUGUGUAGCCUGUCACUUCUUACAAUCUGUUUAAUUUAGUGUGACAAAAUUCUGUAUAACUACAUCAAAAUGCCUGAUAUGUUUGUUUCAUUUUUUUUUUUUUUUUGGCUUUGUAUUCCUGUGAAUAUUGGAUGGCAUUUUUACUGCUCAAUGUGUUGAAUUAUCCCAGCAUUAGUGACAACAAUAAACAAAUUGUCAUAGAGAAAAUCCCAUAUUCUUGAGGAUGAUGCAAACUGAACUUAUUAUUAUGAUACGUCACAGUUAAAAGUAGAAACCUUUGUUAUACAAUGCAGUUAACGUUCUUUCGAGACCCCUUCAGUCUGUCAUGGCUAACAUUUAUUUAAUAUAAGUCUAUUUCACACAUAAAAUAUUGCUUUGGAAGACAUUGAACAUACUGCAUGGGUCAUACAGAUUUUGUAAUAGUUUUGUAAUAGUUUUAUGGUACUUAUAUGAUACUCAAUGGUUUUAUUAUGAUUUUGGAGCCAGACAGUCUGAGCAGGACUGUUUGUUUUAUAUUGUUUUGUGUACAAAAAAAAAAUAAUUCUAAAUGAAAAUAAAUUUUGUUGUGAACUCUUUAACAA